UUUUAAUAUUCAAAGUCCCUCCGGCCACCUCAACAAGAGCUAGCUUGAGAUUGAUCGAAGAAAAGAAAUCAUGGCGGAUGAUGAAUCCUCAUCUCGGCCCUCCAUAGGGUUUCCUUUAGGUUUAGCUCUUCUUUUGAUGAUGUUGUUCUUCAUGAGCGCCUUCUUCUCUUGUUGCCUCCACUGGGACAAGCUCCGAUCCCUCCUCCAUCCUUCCCGCCACCUCGACGCCGAUUUAGAGGCAGAUAUCAAGCCUCUUCCGCCACACAAGAUGCCAAAGCAAGAAGAAAGCCAAAGCUUUUCAGUAUUGAUGCCCGGGGAUCAGGUUCCAAAGUUCAUAGCAAUGGCUUGUCCAUGUCGGCCUCCGAUUUACGAAAAAGCUCAAAUUUGAGGUGCACAAGCCGAAAUUUUCAUCACGUACAAUAUAUAGAUCCGGCGCAACCUAAAUCAUAGGUAUUGCAUGGAGCGCAACGAUCUAGACCGUUCAUUUAAAUCAUAACCUUCAGAAGUGAUUCAACGGCACCCAAUAUAACACCUUAAGUAGUGCACCGAAUUCAAAUCAUAUACUUUGAAGGCAAAGGACAUCAAUCUCACACCCAUUGGCUAUUUAAUUACAUGUUACGUGUAUAUGUAAAUUAGAAAAGAUGGCAAGUGAUGAUGUGAAAGUCAUUUGAAAGUUGAUUGGUGCGUCUACACGCGUGCUUGCACUUGUCUUCUUUUAUUGCAAAGUUGUUGUUGUUGUUGUUGGCUUGAAUCAUGUAACUUCAAAAGGAUAGGUUUUCUAGAGUUUAUUCUAUUUUAUUCGUCCUAAACUCCACAUAAAGAUUCCCAAUUCCCGGCAUUGAAAAAAAAAGGGGGGGAAAAAUAGCUCCAAUUCCGACCCGUUGGGAUUUGUAUUUAUAGUCAGAAGUGUUGUUAGUCCACCUAACACUUAUUAAUUAGGUAAGCUAUUAACUAAUUAAACUUAUUUAUCAUAUU